AUGGUCGCUCUAACAAAUUUUUCAAGGCCAUCAGAUCGGAUACGUCACGAACAACCGAACACGACCGUUUUUGUUAACGACAAUAACAUUGGAAAGGGAACAUUAUUUAUAGCUGAAAGUUAUUUAUCAUGGGGAAGCGAUUCGGGUAGUGGUUUCACAUUAAAAUAUCCUCACAUAAGUCUUCAUGCAAUAUCAAGAGAUACGACUGCCUUUCCUCACGAGUGCAUUCUCAUGAUGCUCGAUACGGAUUUCAAUGGUGAAUCUGAAAUAUCAUGUUUAGAAAGUAAUGAUACCGAUGAUCAAACAACUACAGAAAUAAGAUUAGUUCCUGACGAUAAAGGAAUGUUAGAUGCCAUUUUUCAUGCUUUAAAUAUUUGUCAAACCCUUCAUCCUGAUCCAGACGAUAGUAUUUCUGAUGAUUUAAGCGAUUAUGCCGAUGCUGAUGAUAAUUUUUACGUUGACAAUUCCGAUUCUCAAACACAAGAUUUUGUUUUACUAAAAAAUUUGACUCGCAACAUUAAAUUAAAAAAACUUUUAGGAAGGAUGAGAGAAAUCGAUGAUGAUCCAUAUGGUGAUGAUAAUAGAGUUGGAGUUUUAUGUGACACAGAGGAUUUUAUGGAAACAGAUAGAGUCGGAGGAGUUUUGGAAGAUGUUGAAGAUUUAAGAAUAAGCGAUGAUGUACAUGAUCCUGGAAUGUAUGAAGAUAAGGAGGAGUCCAUGUAA